AUGUCCACGACGGCACUCUUGCCUGACGGAACGGAAUGGCUUUUGAGGAAUGUGUACACCCCGAGAGAAGUCCAUGGAGUGACAGUGCUCGUUGUCAUCUCAUGCAUUUCUCUCGUUUUCGUGGUUGGGCUGCUGGGAGCGAUCGCGCUUUCGGCGUUCAACACUCGUUCCUCUCUUGACCAGCACCUUUUUGUUCGGACUCACGUCGCUGCAUAUUUCGUUUCACUGCUUGUCAGCGACCUCUUUCAGGCCCUCGGGAGUAUCCUCAAUGCGAGAUGGAUUCGUGAUAUGGCGGUAGAGCUCGGCCCGCUGUGCACCGCUCAAGGGGUGUUGAAGCAGCUUGCCGAUGUUGCCACUGCUUGGUGGACAUUGGUGAUCGCCAUCCACACCUUCUGUCUACUUUUCCUGGAGCUCAAAACCAGCCGCUUCACGCUCUACGCGACUCUGAUCUCGGGCUGGUUUGGAAUUGCUGCCAUAGUCAUCGCUGGCCCAGCAGCAUUAGAUACCGUUCACCAUGGACCAUUUUACGGGAUCUCAGGCUAUUGGUGCUGGAUCAGUCCCGGUUGGCCAGGCGCCCGCAUAGGAUUGGAUUAUCUGUUUAUGUUCAUGGCCGCAUUCUUCAGCUUCAUUCUCUAUAUGCUCAUUUUCUUACGGAUGCGGGGAAAUAUCAUCGUCGAAGGCAGACGCGUCUCCUUCCGUCUGAAGAAAAUCGACCAAUGGAGAGGGAAACGGUUCGAAAACCAGGCGUUGACCAUUGCGCGCCAAAUGCUGCUAUACCCCAUCGCCUAUACGAUCUUGAUCCUGCCUAUUGCGGCCUCUCGCUUCAGUUCAUUCUCGGGAGAUGAUGUUCCCUUUGGAGUGACGGUCUUCAGUGCUGCUGUUUUCCUGCUCUCUGGUAUCGUCAACGUGACUCUAUUCUGCGCCACCCGCCGCAUUCUGCCUCCUGAAUCGUUCAAAAUACCCAAAUGGAAAAUAUCGGCCCCCAAGGAGAUCCCAGCACUGGAAUUCAACCCAGGACAAGAUUCGUACUAUCAGAACUCUGGAACGUAUGCGUCGUCGAUGGACGAGAAGGAGAAACUCCCUUCAGAAUCGUUUGACUCAGUACCCCCCGCACUGAACAUCCGGACAACUAACGUGGGGGUACCACACAUCCAAGCUCCACCUGCCGGCCAUCAUCGCGAAGACAGGGUGGAGAGCGUCUACAACAUGUACGCUGAACCAACUUCGGCAAUUCCGUUGACCCCGACGGACGAGUCCGUUAACCGGCUGGCUUGA